UAUUUCAACUCUCUCUCAAAUGGCGAUUAUGGGCCGGGCCUAAAGUAAUCAAACCUCUGCAUCAAUAUUUCAACUCUCUCAAAAAUGGUGUUUAUGGGCUGGGCCUCGUUAAUAAUAAGAGGGCUCGGAAAAUAAAGGUGCUUCUACUUCUUCUUCUUCUUCUUCGCCAGUAGAAGUGGGGGAGAUUCAGUAGAACGUAACUGAUCGAGAGAAAGAGAUUCGUCGAUUUGUGAAAACCCAAACGCAACACCAAUCGUAUCAAUUGAAGAGUUGGUUCGUCUCGAAAUCAGGAGUAUGUCGGACUGGCAAGUGAAAUACAAGAGCUCUCUGAAGGAUCGAGGAACUGAGGGAAUCCUCAAAUUAAGGGAAGGGAUGCUGCUCUUCGUUCCAAAUGAUCCCACCUCUGAUUCAAAGCUUAAAGUCCUCACUCCCAACAUCAAAAGUCAAAAAUAUACUAAAGAAGGAUCAAAAAAACCUGCUUGGCUCAAUCUCUCCAACAAGCAGGGAGACAGUCAUAUCUUUGAGUUUCAAAAUUAUCAGGACAUGCAUGCUUGCCGUGCUCUCAUCACUAAGGCCCUAGCCAAAUGUGAAGAGGAGCAGCCUAAGAAACCAGCUGCUGUCUUGACCUCUGCUGAGCAACUCAGUAUUGCUGACUUGGAGCUACGCUUCAAGGUUCUUCGAGAAAAUAUUGAGUUGCAGAGAUUGCAUAAGGAAUUUGUUGAAACUAAAGUCCUGACUGAAGAUGAAUUCUGGGCUACUAGGAAGAAACUACUGGGUAAAGAUUCCAUCAGAAAGUCGAAGCAACAGGUCGGACUGAAGAGCAUGAUGGUUUCCGGCAUCAAACCUUCUACUGAUGGGCGGACUAAUAGGGUGACGUUCAACUUAACCUCUGAGAUAAUUUUUCAGAUUUUUGCUGAGAAGCCAGCUGUUCGGCAGGCAUUCAUUAAUUAUGUUCCGAGUAAGAUGACAGAAAAAGACUUCUGGACAAAAUAUUUUAGAGCAGAAUAUCUUUACAGCACCAAAAAUACAGCGGUAGCUGCAGCAGAAGCUGCUGAGGACGAGGAACUCGCUGUCUUUCUAAAGCCUGAUGAGAUAUUGGCUCAGGAAGCUCGUCAAAAGAUCAGACGGGUUGAUCCAACUCUUGACAUGGAAGCUGACCAGGGAGAUGACUACACUCAUCUUAUGGACCACGGGAUCCAGCGAGAUGGCACCAUGGAUGUUGUUGAACCUCAGAAUGGUCAGUUUAGAAGAUCACUUUUGCAAGAUCUUAAUCGUCAUGCUGCUGUUGUAUUGGAAGGCAGGAACAUUGAUGUUGAUUCAGAAAACACAAGGAGUGUUGCAGAGGCGCUCGCACGGGUUAAACAAGUAAGCAAAGCUGAUGGUGAAACCACUAAAGACGCUAAUCAGGAGAGAUUGGCGAGAAUGUCCCGUUUGGCUGAAAUGGAGGAUCUUCAAGCACCGCAGAAUUUCCCGUUAGCACCGCUCUCUAUCAAGGACCCUCGUGAUUACUUUGAAUCUCAACAAGGAAACGUCGUCAAUGAACCUAGAGGAGCAGGGACAUUAAAGAGAAAUGUUCAUGAAGCUUACGGAUCGUUAAAAGAAUCCAUUUUGGAGAUUAGAACGAAAGGGUUAAGGGAUCCGUUGAUUAAACCUGAAGUUGCCUUCGAGGUUUUCAGGUCAUUAACCCAAACUAUCUCCACCGCCAAAAAUAUUAUCGGGAAGAACCCGCGAGAGAGCUUUCUGGACAGAUUGCCGAAGUCCACUAGAGACGAGGUUUUACAUCAUUGGACAUCAAUACAAGAAUUACUUAAACAUUUUUGGUCAUCUUACCCGAUAACAACCACAUAUCUUCAUACCAAAGUAGGGAAGCUGAAGGAUGCAAUGUCCAAUAGUUAUUCACAACUCGAGGCAAUGAAAGAGUCGGUGCAAUCGGAACUCCGCCAUCAGCUUUCUCUACUAGUUCGUCCAAUGCAACAGGCUCUUGAUGCUGCGUUCCAACACUACGAUGCUGACUUGCAGAGAAGAACCGCUAAGAGCGCCAGAGGUAGCGCCGGCGAAGCAAACGGGUCUGUUUAGAAGAUGAACAAAACGUCUGCAAGAUUUUUGUUUUGUUUCAUCAGCCUUUGUUGCUGCUUUCGAGAUUUUUCAUUUGUUGUGAUUUUGUCCAGCCACUGGAACUACAACAAAGGCGUUAUUAUUGUAUAAUGAAGACUUUAUUGUACUUGGCAAGAACAAAGAGAGUUUCUUUGGCGUACAGAUUCUCAAAGGACUUUGAUUGUUUCAAGAGAAGAUAUUGCAAAUCCAAUUUGAGAUUAUUUUUCUACUUU